AUGUCCUCAAGUGCGAAUCUCAGCGCCCCAGCUCUCGACCCGCCUGAUGGCGCCGUGUCCGAUUUCAAUAAGGGAGGUCGCCAUACGAUUGGUUACGUCAUCUCGAUCCUCGGUAUUCUCAUCUCAACCGCUUCAGUCCUCUCUCACCUCGCCAACAGGGCCAUGUCGAGAAAAUUCGGCCUGAUUGAGCUCUUACUGAUCGCAGCAUGGGGUCAAUACCUGGGAUUGCAAGUUGUUAUUUGGAGGUCCGCCGUCUUUGGGAUCGAGCGUCAUCAGUGGAAUGUCCCGCUCGGGGACCUUUCGUGGUACCUUUACAACAUAUACAUAGCCACACUUCUCUACGGAACGGCCAUGAUGUGCCUCAAGUUGGCGAUACUUUACAGUUGGCUUGAUAUCUUCGUGCCCACUGGAACGCGCAACCGCUUGUAUUGGGCAAUCCAAGUUUUGAUCUGGAGCAACGUCAUCUUUUUCAUGGUCACUGAAUUCGCUGAUAUUUUCCAAUGCACUCCGAUAGAGAUGAAUUGGAACAUCUUUUACGAAGGAGGAAGCUGCCAUUUGGACGCUGGUGCCAUCAACCUCGCCGGAGUCAUCAUUAAUCUUGCAUCCGACCUCGCCAUUCUGAUACUGCCUCAGUGGACUCUCUGGCACCUGAACCUGCCAUGGCGUAAAAGAUUAGGAGUAUCUCUUUUAUUCGCCGUAGGACUUGGGUGA